UGCAGAUAUAGAGUGCAUAGUUUUCAACUUGACUCAUUAUUACUACGGGACGAUCUCGCCUAGUAUAAGACCGCAUCCACUGCUCCACUCGCAUUCCGCACUUUCACCCCGCGGAAGAUCUCUGCUGCCCUCAACGUUCUCAUAGACGUCACUCACAAUGACCGUGCUCAAUGUCAGCCCAGUUCCUCCGGACGAAAUUUUCGCCCUGAACCGUGCAUACAUCGACGAUGACUUCCCGCAGAAGGUCAAUCUCGGUGUAGGCGUUUACCGCACCAACGAGGGCCAGCCAUGGCCUCUCCCCGUCGUUGAGGAAGCAGAGAAGCAGCUCGCAGCCGAAAACAGCGUCUUCCGCCAUGAAUACACAGCCAUUGAAGGUGAUAGGGCAUUCCUCCCUCUCGCUCGGGACCUAAUGUUUGGGUUCGACGGCCAAGCUACUUCUGAUGCGAAGCAGGAGGCAGCCAAAGCACGCAUUGGCACCGUCCAGACAGUCGCCGGCACCGGCGCAAACCAUCUCGGUGCCCUCUUCCUCGCAACUCACAUGAAGCCACGAAAUGUCUGGCUCUCCAACCCCUCUUGGGCAAACCACCUCACUAUUUGGGAACUCGCCGGAGUGCCCCGCAAAACAUACCCCUAUUACUCUGCCGCCACCCGCUCCUUUGAUUUCGACGGCAUGAUCUCAACUCUCGAAUCCGAAGCUCAGGAAGGAGACGUGAUUCUUCUCCACGCCUGCGCCCACAAUCCCACAGGACUCGACCCCAACAAGGAGCAAUGGAAAGCUAUCAUCGACCUCUGCGAGCGCAAGCGCAUUUUCCCUUUCUUCGACUCAGCAUACCAAGGCUUCGCCUCCGGAUCCGUAGACGAAGACGCCUGGGCUGUCCGGUACGUCCUAAACGAGAAGCCGCAGAUGGAAAUGUGCGUUGCGCAAUCCUUCUCUAAGAACUUUGGCCUCUACGGCCAGCGAGUCGGCGCCUUCCAUUACGUCCUCAACGAAGGCGCAGAGGAUCUCCGCGAUACAGUCGUCAACAACCUUUGCCACCUCAUCCGCGGAGAGUACUCCAUGGGUCCCACGGCAGGCUGCAACAUCGUCAAGAAAGUCCUCACAAGUCCUGAGCUCACGGCAAAAUGGCACCAGGAUCUGAAGGUCAUGAGUUCGCGGAUAAUUUCCAUGCGCGAAGCUCUUUACAAUGAACUAGUCAGACUCAAAACCCCCGGAACUUGGAAACACAUCGUCGAACAGAACGGAAUGUUCUCCUACACAGGACUUACACCUUCACAAGUCUACGCUCUUAAAGAUAAAUUCCACAUCUACCUGCUCAAGUCCGGCAGAGCCUCCAUCAGUGGACUGAGCCCGAAGAAUGUAAAUUACGUCGCCAGAGCUAUUGACGAGGUUGUACGAAAUGUCAACUGAUCAAGCACGUUAUAUGAGAAUAUUGGUACAUGUCACCAAUUUGUAUGUACUCUUUACAGCGUGUACAUAGAUAGAAUAGAGAUGUUGUAGCAUAUUAGCUGUAUCUUCAGAAGCGUCAACAGUAAUAUACAA